AUGUCGAAAAAGAGAGUCAAAUUAGAUAUAGAUUACCUUGAAAAGAAAAAGAAAGAAUUAGCAGAGAAAUUGAAAGAACUAAAAAGAAAGGUGAAUAAUCUAUCGUCCGAGGAGGAAGAGGAAAAUUCACACGAAAGUUCAACUGACGAUAAUGAUGAAAUCAAAAUUAGUGAGGAGGAGAAUAAGGAAGAUGAUCAGGAAGAAGUAAACGAAGGUAAAAAUAAGAAUGUGAAAUACGGCUCAAGAAAAAACUUGAGGAGUGAUAUCAAAGCAAUCCUUGGCAAUCCCAACGCAUCUAAAGCUUUGGAUUUACCAAUUUAUACAGAAUUACUCGAAAGUUGGAAAUUCUAUAUGGCUAAAGGCUUACCACAAGAUGAGAAAGAAAAGUUGUUAUCAAAAUACGCAUCACCAGAAGCUCUCCAGGCACCAAAACUUAAUGAACAAAUUAUUGCUAAAAUUAGUGAGAAGUCAGUUAAAAAGGACACAUACAGAAUUGAAUCUCAAAAAGUGAUCAGCUUAGCACUCACAGCCAUCAGCGCUGCAAUUAGCAUGGUAAACGAUGCAAAUGAAGAUGAAGGAGUUGAUCCAAUCAGUUUUGUAGAAAGACUCACAGAUGCAGCAAAGUUGUUAUCACACGCACAAUUUCAACAAACUGAGUCUCGGAGAGCCUGCAUAAUACCUCUUUUUCAGAAAAACAUAAGAGAGGUACUGAAAUCUACAACACCAGACCAGUCCCUGUUUGGAAAUGAAUUAACAAAUGUACUCAAACAGAUGAAAGAGGCAGAGGUUUUACUUGAAAAUAAAAAAACCAUUUGCGAGUAUAGAGGGCAAUUCAGGUGCACCAACACAGGGCCGACCAAGAUUGUUCUUCAGAGGCUCCAGAGGGAGAAACUCCAACCGAGGCAUAAACCAGAACAGGUACAACAACAACAACAGGUCGAGAAACAAAUCUUACCACAACAAGAAUUAAAUGUAAGUCUCAAAAUAGGUGGUAGACUAAAAAUGUAUUAUAAUGAAUGGUCAGAAAUAACGAAUAGUAAAUUCAUACUGAAGUGCAUAGAAGGUUAUGAAAUACCAUUGUGGAAAAUGCCAAAGCAAAAAUAUUUUGAAAACAGAAGUAUUAAAGACCCCAAUGUAAUAAAUAGAACAAAACAAGCUAUUGAUGAAUUGGAAAAGAAAGGGGCAAUUGUAUUAUCAAAAAGUUAUAAAAAUCAAUUUUUAUCUUCAUAUUUUCUUGCACGCAAACCAAAUGGUGCAUACAGAUUCAUUUUAAAUUUAAAAAAAUUGAACAAAUUUAUAAAAACAAUUCACUUCAAACUCGAAGAUUUGAAAACAGUGAUCAAAACAGUUGCAAAAGGUGAUUUUAUGGCAUCUAUAGAUAUGCAAGACGCGUAUUUUCUCGUUCCCAUUCAUUAUAAGAGUCAAAAAUUCCUAAUGUUUAAAUUUCAAGGAAAAUUAUACCGCUUCAAGUGCCUACCAUUUGGUUUGAGUACCUGCCCAUAUAUAUUCACAAAAAUUGUCAAACCAGUAAGUCAGAAACUAAGAACAGCCGGGUUUGUGUCAAACGUAUAUUUAGAUGAUUGGUUAUGUAUUGGAAAGAAAUACAAAGAAUGUGAAAAUAACGUUUUAAACACAAUAAGUCUAUUAGAAAGAUUAGGAUGUGUUAUGAAUUAUAAGAAAAGCAAUCUUAUACCUAGCAAGGUUUGCACAUACUUAGGUGUCUUAGUAAAAUCAGAAGACUGCGUUAUAGAAUUAACUAAUAAAAAGAAAGAGAAUAUAUUGAAAAUCUUACAACGAUUUAAGAAAUUAAGCGCUUGUAGAAUUCUAGAAUUUGCAAAAAUGUUAGGCAAAUUGGUAGCGGCUUGCAUAGCUGUGGAAUACGGGUGGCUUUACACAAAGCUUAUGGAGAGAGAUAAACUCAGAGCAUUAAAUAAAUCACGAGGUUCAUAUUUAGGACAUAUGACAAUUUCAAAAGACGUCCUUCGAGACAUAGAGUGGUGGAUAAAAACAUUACCAAAUGCACAAAAAUGUUUUAAACAAAGGAAAAUAAAAAAGGUUAUCUACACAGAUGCCUCAGAUAAUGGCUGGGGCGCGACAGACAACACCACUGACAUUUUUGGUUUUUGGAAUGAUACAGAAAUCGAAUACCACAUUAACUAUAAAGAAUUACUUACAGUGAAACUAGCCUUAAAUACAAUAGCAGAUAAAAUAGAAAAUUGUUCCAUUUUAUUACGCAUAGAUAAUACUACAGCUAUUGCAUACAUAAAUCGAAUGGGCGGUGUAAGGUUUCAACGUUAUAAUUUAUUAGCUAGAAAAAUAUGGCAAUGGGCAGAAAUAAGAAACAUUCAUUUAAUUGCUUCCUAUAUUCCGUCCAGAGAAAAUGCAGAAGCUGAUAGAUUAUCACGCGUUAAGAAUCCCGAUACAGAAUGGGAAUUGAAUGAAAAAGAGUUCAAUAUUAUAACAAAAAAAUUUGGAAACCCAUCUAUAGAUUUAUUUGCUUUUAAUAAGAACUUUAAAUGCAACACAUAUAUUUCACGUUUUCCAGAUACAAAAGCUUGGCAAAUAGAUGCGUUUACAGAAAAAAUCCCGUCCGAAGAUAAAGAAGUUAAUUCUAAUGGCAGCGAUUGUAUCAGGGAAGCGUUAACAAAAAAAGACGUACCAGAGGAAUCCUUAGACACAAUGCUUUCAUCACUCAGUAAAUCCACACAGAAGCAUUAUAGAGUAUCGUUAAGGAAAUGGUUACAAUUCUGUGAAAAAGAAAAAGUUGAUCUAAAUAUGCCAAAAUCAAGCCAAAUAAUUGCCUUCUUAACAAAAAGAUAUAACGAAGGUUGUUCAUAUAGUAACUUAAAUACAGAUAGAAGCGCUAUUUCUUUGAUAUCAUUAAAUAACAUAGGAGAAGAUAAGUUAACUAAACCAAGAAAAUAUGAUCACAAGAAUUGUUAUAAGGAAGAGAAAGAACCUAAGCCUGGUCGUCAAAAUCCCCCGUUCGGUGGUUCCUAA